ACAGAAUUUCUUCCCACUUCCCUCUCUUUCAAAAUUAGCACAGUAAAGAGAAAAUAUUGGAUGUAUAAGUUUCUCGGGCACUGGUGACUGAUUUCUUGGUCGCAUCAAAGGAUUCCUUCCUUGAUCGUCACUCCCUCUCAUUUAUGCACUGAAAGAACCCUUCAACCACCCCUUACUUCAUAAAUUACACUUAACUCAUUUGAUCAGAUUGGUGUUCGGAAGGUAGCAAACGGCGGAGAUAGUGUUAUUAAAAUGGGGAACUGCCAAGCGGCAGAGGCAGCGACGGUGUUGAUUUUGCAUCCAAACAACAAAGUGGAGAGGAUUUACAAGUCGGUUUGUGCUAAUGAAGUCAUGGCUUCCAAUCCCGGUCAUUACGUGGCACUGAUAAUCACCUCGCCGGCGGCGAAAACAGGGAAUGGUACGCCGGUGAAGCAGCUGAAACUUCUCCGACCAGAUGACACUUUGCUUAUUGGACAAGUUUAUCGACUUGUCAGCUUUGAAGAUGUGUUGAAAGAAUUUGCUGAAAAGAAAUGCAAGAAACUGGGCAAGUUGUUGAAGGAAAGAGGAGCACUCAAUUUGGAGCCAAAGAAGAAAUCUAAAUCAAAACCAGCAAAUUGCAGUUCGCACAAGACGCAGCAGGACGUGCAACACCUCAGUAGCAGUGGUAGGGGCAGAGGCACGGGCAGGCACCAUGUUGGAGGAGGGCAAUGGAGACCAGCCUUGCAGAGUAUUGCAGAAAUUGGGACCUGAACAUGGACACACCACCCAUAAUUCCUCAACUUUUCAUGGCCAACUCAUUAAUGAACAUAAACUAAAAUGAAGUUCUAUAUUUUCUCAACUCAUUCUCUUGCUUUUCCAGAAGGGGAACAUGAUGUGAUGUAUCCUUUGGAGUAUCUCUUAGUUGGUCCUUACUAAUGAUGUUUUGUGUCUACUUUUUUUCCCCCCUUUAAACUUUUAAGUGAAUUAUUAAGAAGAGUGGAGCGUUGGGAAGUCUCGUUGCUUGUUGGGUAACUCGAGUCAAUCCAAAGUAUUAGAAUUCUUGUC